UCUGGGCCUUAUUUUCUUCUUCUUGCGGUUGGGCCUCACUAGCCUAGGCGGCGGGGCCGGGAGGGGCCGGACCUCUGCGCGAUUCCUGUCUGACCAAAGUGACCUCAGAAAGGAAGGAAAAUGGCUUCCGAAUCUGAAACCCUGAAUCCCAGUGCUCGGAUAAUGACCUUUUAUCCAACCAUGGAGGAGUUCCAGAACUUCAGUCGAUAUAUUGCCUACAUUGAAUCCCAAGGAGCUCAUCGGGCAGGGCUAGCCAAGGUUGUUCCUCCAAAAGAGUGGAAACCCCGAAUAUCCUAUGAUGAUAUUGAUGAUUUGAUCAUUCCUGCCCCCAUCCAACAACUGGUAACGGGGCAGUCUGGCCUCUUCACUCAGUACAACAUACAGAAGAAAGCCAUGACUGUUCGUGAGUUCCGCAAGAUAGCCAACAGUGAUAAGUAUUGUACCCCACGCUAUAGUGAGUUUGAAGAGCUUGAACGGAAAUACUGGAAAAAUCUCACAUUUAAUCCCCCGAUCUACGGUGCAGAUGUGAAUGGUACUCUCUAUGAAAAGCAUGUUGAUGAGUGGAAUAUUGGCCGGCUGAGAACAAUCCUGGACUUGGUAGAAAAGGAGAGUGGGAUUACCAUUGAGGGUGUGAACACCCCCUACCUGUACUUUGGCAUGUGGAAGACAUCCUUUGCCUGGCACACUGAAGACAUGGACCUAUACAGUAUCAACUACCUGCACUUUGGAGAACCAAAAUCCUGGUACUCUGUUCCACCAGAGCAUGGAAAGCGGUUGGAGCGCCUCGCCAAAGGCUUUUUCCCAGGAAGUGCUCAAAGCUGUGAGGCUUUUCUCCGCCAUAAAAUGACCCUGAUUUCCCCUUUAAUGCUGAAGAAGUAUGGAAUUCCCUUUGAUAAGGUGACACAAGAGGCUGGAGAGUUUAUGAUCACUUUCCCUUACGGUUACCAUGCUGGCUUUAACCAUGGCUUCAACUGUGCGGAGUCUACCAAUUUUGCUACCCGUCGGUGGAUUGAAUAUGGCAAGCAAGCUGUGCUGUGCUCCUGCAGAAAGGAUAUGGUGAAGAUCUCCAUGGAUGUGUUUGUGAGGAAGUUCCAGCCAGAAAGGUACAAACUUUGGAAAGCUGGGAAAGACAGCACAGUUAUCGACCAUACUCUGCCCACACCGGAAGCAGCCGAGUUUCUUAGGGAGAGCGAACUGCUCCCACCAUCUGGGAAUGGGGAGGAGUGCCCAGAGGAGGACAUGGAAGGAGUCAAGGAUGGAGAGGAGGGAGACCUGAAGACAAGUCUGGCCACGCACCGAAUAGGGACAAAGAGGCACCGAGUUUGUCUUGAAAUACCACAGGAGGUGAGUCAGAGCGAGCUUUUCCCCAAGGAGGAGCUGAGUUCUGAGCAAUAUGAAAUGACGGAGUGCCAGGCUGCCCUCGCUCCCGUGAGGCCUACCCAUAGCUCUGUGCGGCAAGUCGAGGAUGGUCUUACCUUCCCAGAUUAUUCUGACUCCACUGAAGUCAAAUUUGAAGAGCUCAAAAAUGUCAAACUAGAAGAGGAGGAUGAGGAAGAAGAACAAGAAGCAGCAGCCUUGGAUCUCUCUGUGAAUCCUGCUUCCAUAGGGGGACAACUUGUCUUCUCAGGUUCAAAAAAGAAAUCAUCUUCUAGCCUGGGCUCUACUUCUUCACAGGAUUCUGUCUCUUCUGAUUCAGAAACCAGUGAGUCUCUCUCCUGCCAAACCCAAGAGCAAACGGGAGUGCUCACUGUGCACAGCUAUGCCAAAGGGGAUGGCAGAGUCACCAUGGGAGAGCCAUGCACCAGGAAGAAAGGAAGCACUGCCAGGAGUAUCAGUGAGCGGGACCUGGCAGAGGUUGCAGAUGAAUACAUGUUUUCCCUGGAGGAGAAUAAGAAGUCCAAGGGUCGCCGUCAGCCCUUAAGCAAGCUCCCCCGUCAUCACCCGCUUGUGUUGCAGGACUGUGUCAGUGAUGAUGAGACAUCAGAACAGUUGAUCCCUGAGGAAGAGGCUGAGGAGACAGAGGCCUGGGCCAAGCCCCUGAGCCAAUUGUGGCAGAACCGACCUCCAAACUUUGAGGCUGAAAAGGAAUUCAAUGAAACUAUGGCCCAGCAGGCCCCUCACUGUGCUGUCUGUAUGAUUUUCCAGACUUACCAUCAGGUUGAGUUUGGAGGCCUUAGUCAGAACUGUGGAAACACUCCAGAUUUAGCUCCCCAGAAGCAGAGGACCAAGCCAUUGAUUCCAGAAAUGUGCUUCACCUCGACUGGCUGCAGCACAGACAUCAACCUCUCCACUCCUUACCUUGAGGAAGAUGGCACCAGUAUUCUAGUUUCCUGCAAGAAGUGCAGUGUCCGGGUCCAUGCCAGUUGCUAUGGGGUCCCCCCUGCAAAGGCUUCUGAAGACUGGAUGUGUUCUCGGUGUUCAGCCAAUGCCCUGGAGGAGGACUGCUGUUUAUGCUCAUUACGAGGAGGGGCCCUGCAGAGAGCAAAUGAUGAUAGGUGGGUCCAUGUUUCAUGUGCUGUGGCAAUUCUGGAAGCAAGGUUUGUCAACAUUGCAGAAAGAAGUCCAGUGGAUGUGAGCAAGAUCCCUCUGCCUCGCUUCAAACUGAAAUGUGUCUUCUGUAAGAAACGGAGGAAAAGAACUGCUGGCUGCUGUGUGCAGUGUUCUCAUGGCCGUUGCCCAACUGCCUUCCAUGUGAGCUGUGCCCAGGCUGCCGGCGUGAUGAUGCAGCCAGACGAUUGGCCUUUUGUUGUCUUCAUUACCUGCUUUCGGCACAAGAUUCCUAAUUUGGAGCGUGCCAAGGGAGCCUUGCAGAGCAUUACUGCAGGCCAGAAGGUCAUCAGCAAGCAUAAGAAUGGACGCUUCUACCAGUGUGAGGUGGUCAGGCUCACUACCGAGACCUUCUAUGAAGUCAACUUUGAUGAUGGCUCCUUCAGUGACAAUCUUUAUCCUGAGGACAUAGUGAGCCAGGACUGUCUCCAGUUGGGUCCUCCUGCUGAAGGGGAAGUGGUCCAAGUAAGAUGGACAGAUGGCCAAAUCUAUGGAGCCAAGUUUGUGGCCUCCCACCCCAUCCAAAUGUACCAGGUGGAGUUUGAGGAUGGCUCACAGCUUGUGGUUAAGAGAGAUGACGUGUAUACGCUGGAUGAAGAGCUUCCCAAGAGAGUCAAGUCUAGACUGUCAGUAGCCUCAGACAUGCGCUUCAAUGAGAUUUUCACAGAGAAAGAGGUUAAGCAAGAAAAGAAACGGCAACGAGUCAUUAACUCAAGAUACCGGGAAGAUUAUAUUGAACCUGCACUAUACCGGGCCAUCAUGGAGUAAGUGCAUCCAGGGUCCAAGAGAUUCCCAGCCAUCAAGGCAAGAAAACUCUGGGGUUCCACAGCACAGAAGAUACUUGGAACUCUGAAGUCUCCAAAAGUGAAGUUGUAAAAAGAAAAGGAAUGAAAUAACCGACCCCAUCAUCUUCUCACCCCACUCCCAUCGCAUUCCGCUGUAAUGGAAGGACAAGCUGUGUCUGGACACAUGGCAGCAGUCACCACUGAUCUCCAGCCGAGGAGCUGAGCACUGGAAUGCUGUGGCUGUACUGACAACUGUGCUGGCUGGACUGGUUGCCCAUUUCUGGCCUGGGACUUAGCUUCCUAAUGAUCACCUGCACCGACUAGGCAGAGGUGCUGGUGCUUGUCCCCAUGCCCUCUUUUGUAUUUAU